CAAUAUCUUUCAGGUUGACUCACAUAUAACAGAAGUCAUGAGGUUUGCAAAAAUAGAUUUUUUCUGCUUAAAAAAUCAUUCACUAAGUUUGCCUUUAUGAGGUAACAUAUUUUUCUUCUAAAUACUUAGACACACUGAUUAAUCUUUUUUCUAUAAUUCUUCAAUACAAUGUCCCACUCUCCUGUAAUUUAGAGACAAAAUACUUAGAGAGUAGGUACUUGUAUAUAGAAAAUUUCAUCGAAAACUAAUGAUGUUAAAGCGGAUAAUUUAAUGUUUCACAACGUCUGUAUCUUUCAUACUAUACUGCAUUCCAUUAUCAAAUCGCUGGGAGGUACUCUCUACAAUCUGCUCAAAUCUGAGAGCAUGUUGUAGAAGGAAAGACUUUCCCUUAUAUAACACAAACAAAAAUUUCUUUCUUUUUUUCUUAGUGUCAUCUAAUCAUUUACAUAUUCUCGAUCCAAUUAUUGAAAAAUAUUCUAUAUUUUUAACAACAAUUAUUAUAAGAAUUAUUUCAAAUAAAGAACGUUUUGAGAAAGUCAAUGAAAUUUUAUUAUCCAACAUGGAUUAUUAUUUAUCAACAGAAGAAGUUCUUAAAAUUUGUGCUUAUGAACAAAUAUUAACAUAUGAUAAUAUUCAAUAUAUUUGUCAAGAAAUAUUUUCUACUAAACAAAUAUUAGAUACAAAUGAUCAAUCGCAUCAUCAACAAAAAUCAUCAAUUGAUAUAAGUAUAGAAAAUAUACAAGAACAAUCUAAUAAGAACUCUUUAGCUUUGAAUAUCGAUCAACAAAAUACUGAUCGUAGAAGUGAAGAAGUAAAUAUUAGCAGAGUGACAAGAUUAGAUUUACAAGAAACUAGUCUUACACUUCAAUCCAUACUUGAUUGUUAUACUCGAAAUAUAUCUAUGUAUACUCAUGAUUCUGUUCUUCGACAUAAAAUAGAACAAACAAUCAUAAUAACUAUAUUUGAUUAUAUUCUUCAUUUUAAUCAUCGAACUAUGAUCAAUGAACAAUUAAGAAAAUUAUUUAAUGGAUUUAAACCUUUGGCUGUUUAUAAAGGUCAAUUAUUAAUUGAAAAAGAAUUGAUAGUUAUUAAAUUAUUAUUAAACAUACGUAAACAACAAGCAUCAUUAACAAUUGAUGAUCUGAAUAGAUAUCUUGAGUCAUAUCCAAUACCAUGUCGAUUAGAUAUAGUCAAUGAAUUACGUCGUUCAAAAAUUAUUUCACAAUCUCUUGCUAAUAAUUAUACAAUGAAUCAAUGUUAUGAAUUAAAAGUAACUACACCUGAAGCUCAAGCUAUAUUUCUUUUUUAUAUGAUGAUUAAAUUAAUUCAAAAAGAAGGUUAUAUUGAUGAAAUUCAUACAAGAGAAAUUCUUAAUCAAUAUCAAACAAAUACUGAAAAUGAAAAAUUUAAUAUUAUUUAUAAACAUAUUCUACGUCAUGGUUUUCUUACUAUUGAACAAAUAAUUCAAUCAGCGAAAGAUUUUUUUCUACAAGAUUAUCUUAAUGAAGAUAUACAUAAAAAUCAAUCAAGUGAAUAUAAAACUGUCAUUCAAGAACAAUUCUUAAUUAAUAUACUUGAUCGUAAACAAUUAAGUAAUAUACAAUUUGAAUUAGCACUUAAUCAAAAUAUGCGUCGACGUCAAGUUAUUCAAACAAAUAUAUUAAGUGAUCAAAUAAAAAAUGCUAAAAUAGUAAAAGAAAAAGUUCAACGAAAAGUUGAUCAUGCUCUUUUAAAAAUGGAUGAAAAUAUACAAUCAUUUUCUAAACCAACACAAAUAUCAUCUCGUUUAACACAUAAUAGUCUUGUUAAACAACAUAAAUCUCUAAUCGAAAAUAAUCAAAAAUUAUUAAUCAUAGAUAAAAAUAUAAACAAUGAAUUAUUACCAAAUUUACGUUCAUUACGUCAUAAUUAUAUACAAACUAAAAUACCACGAAAUCAAUUACAUUUAUUAGUUGAACAAGGUGGUUGGAAUAAUGAUAUUUAUCUUGAAUUUAAACGUGAACUUAAUAUAAUUGAUUCUAAUAAUUCAUUAGAUCUUAUACGACAUAUAACAUAUAAUAUAUCAUUAUUAAUUAAAGAAAAUGAUUCAAUUGCUGAAAAACCAUUAAUGAAACAUUUUCAACAGCAUCAAAUUUUAUUUCAUGCAGAUUUUCAAUUAUUACUUAUUCGUUAUGGUAUGAUAGCAUUAGAAGAUCUUAUAGAUUUAUUAAUUGUUAGUAAAUUAGCUAAACCUGAUGAAAUUAAAUCUUAUGCCAAAACAAUAUUCUGUCUUAAUGUAAAUAAAUUUAUGGAAAUUUCUAAAUCAGAAGAAAAUGCCUUAGUAAAAAAACAUCAUGUACAAAAUAAUUUAGAAAAAAAAUUAUGUAUAACAGCAACUGAUCUUUCUCAAUUACUUAAUCAUGUUCUUAAACUUGAUCGUCUCAAACGUAUCAUUGAUAUGAUGACAAUAAUUAAAAACUAUAUACAUUUACAUCCAAUAAAUACAUUCAAUGCACUCAAAGCAUUAAAAUUAGAAUUCGAUUUUAAUAAUUAUGAUAUGAAAUUUUUACGUGAUUUAAAACUUUUAAGUGAUAUAUGGUAUAAAAGAUAUUUAUUAUCACAAACAAAUGAAACAGAUCAAAGAGUUUCAGAAAUAAUUGAUGAAGAACCAGAACAAGAAGAUCAAAAUCAACAUAAAUUUCAUUCGGCAAUAGAUGAAGAUUUUGAUUUAGAUGCAUAUAAUGAAUUAUUCGAAACUAAAGAAUUACAAUCAGACAUCAGUGAACAGCAUAAACAAGAUUAUCUGUAA